AUGUUUUCCUCUCCCGGUAUCCAGCCACGGGAGCAUGUGGACAUGAUUUACAUCUCCAUGGAGACAGCCAUCGCCCUGGCCUCUGUGCUGGGAAACGUGCUGGUGGUGCUGGUGGUUUGUGUAAACCGCGCCCUGAGGGACACCACGUUCUGUUUCAUCGUGUCUCUAGCGGUGGCCGACAUCGCUGUGGGAGCCCUGGUCAUUCCCCUGGCUAUAGUGAUUAGUCUGGGGCUGAAGACUCAAUUCUACACCUGCCUCUUCCUCACCUGUCUGCUCCUCAUCAUCACCCAGGGUUCCAUCCUGUCUCUAAUGGCCAUCGCUAUUGACCGCUACCUCCGGGUCAAGAUUCCCAUCAAGUACAGCACCAUCGUGACCCAGAACAGGGCAUGGGUGGCAGUGUUCCUGUGCUGGCUCCUCUCUGCCCUGACCGGGCUGGUGCCAAUGUUGGGCUGGCACAACGAGCACACACACAGUAACCUCAGCACCCCCAGCGAUGACAUAAUAGUUUGCACGUUUACCACGGUCAUGCGCAUGGACUACAUGGUCUACUUCAACUUCUUUGGCUGGGUGGUGGUUCCUCUGACUAUCAUGAUCGCACUGUACGCUGAGAUCUUCAGGGUGAUCCGGAAGCAGCUCAACAUGCGUGCAGAGGCCACCUGCGACACCAGCAAGUACUUGCACAAGGAGCUAAAAUUAGCCAAGUCCCUGGCGCUCGUCGUCUUGUUAUUCGCUCUAUGCUGGUUGCCCCUGCAUGUCAUGAACUGCAUCCUCUUCUUCUGCCCGGAGUGUGGGAUGCCCAAGAGUGCCAUGUACGUGGGCAUCUUUAUGUCCCAUGUCAACUCUGCCCUCAAUCCGCUGGUCUAUGCCUUCCGGAUACAGCGGUUCCGCGCCACGCUAGUCCAGAUCGCCCGCCGCUGCAUGCUGUGUAAACACAAGGAGACCAGCCCCUGCCCCAACCAGCCUAGCCCGCCACCCCUGUCUAAGAAAGCUCCAGUCCACCCUUAG